AAGUUUGUGAAAGCCUUUUAACACACUUCUAAUUUAGCAAAUGUGGUUUCUCUUCAAGAGGGAAAAAAGAAACUCAAGCAAACAAAGUGAUAUACUUCAACGCAGCGGAACUGAGAAAUUUUAUGAACUAAAAAGAAAAACAAAAAAAAGAGUUAACUAAAAAUGUUUCAAGUCCGCGUUCUUUCUCAACCCUUCAACACCACCGCCCUCUUUCUCUUUCUCUCUCCUCAUUCAACCCUAAUUCGUAUCAAUUUCUCCCUCCAAAUCUCUGUUUCCCCUCUUUUUUCACCCUAAUUUUCCGAUGUUCAUCAUUCAAAUCCCUAAUUUUCUUUCAUUUUUCACUCUUUAAUCAGUUUCCGAUCUUUUCACUGUUUUCUGACCUAAUUUCAAUUUGUUCUUGCGGAAGUUCGAGUGAGAAGAUUCGGGUCGAUUUGAAGAAAUAGUAAUGGAGUACGAUCUUUCCGAUAGUAGUGGGACGGAUGAUGAUCUUCCACCGCCUCAUCAAAAUAGAUUUGCAAGAAAUGCGCGUGUAGCUGGGAAUGGAAGAUCUGCAGGUCCGGCCUCUGCUCCAUUUCCAAGGAUGCCGAGUAAUGACAUGGAAACACAGAUCCAUAUUAUUGAACAAGAAGCAUAUUGUUCUGUUUUGCGGGCCUUCAAGGCUCAAUCGGAUGCCAUUUCUUGGGAGAAGGAAAGUUUGAUAACGGAACUGAGAAAGGAGUUAAGGGUAUCUGAUGAGGAACAUAGGGAGCUUCUAUCAAGGGUCAACAGUGAUGAUAUGAUUCAGAGAAUAAGGGACUGGAGAAAGGCAAAUGGGCAGCCUGUUCAUGAAUCUGUACCCAGUCCAACUGUCUCAGCAUCACGUAAGAAACAGAAAACAGGGCAGUCAGUGUCGGCAUUAUCUGUUGGUGCACCUUCUCCUGCCCUACAUCCAUCCAUGCAACCAUCUUCUUCAAACUUGAAACGAGGCCCACCACCCGGAGCUCGAGGGAAGAAGACGAAACCAUCUUUGCCAUACCCUUCCCCUGCUCUUCCAGGGAGGCCUCAGGUUGCCAAUCGUAGUACACCAGGUAACUUUGCGGCUACAGAGCCUUCUGAAAGUGAUAAUAUGGAGAAGAUUGGAAAAAGAGUAUGGACAAGGUGGCCGGAAGAUAAGAAUUUCUAUGAGGCCGUAAUAACAGACUUUAAAGAGGGCCGGCAUGCUUUGGUUUAUGAUAUGAAUACGCCAGAUGAAGCAUGGGAGUGGGUCAAUCUUAAAGAGAUAUCCUCUGAAGACAUCAGGUGGGAGGGUGAGGAAUCUGGAAUUUCCCACAGAGGUGGUCGAGCUGGUCAAGGUCGUGGUUUUAAGAAGUCUUCAGCCCGUGGUGGGGCUGUUAGUGGUGCAGGAAGAGGUCGUGGGACCUUAAAGAGCCAGCCUAAGAAGACUUUACCUUUGCCCCAGAAUGGCAUUGGAAGAAAAGGAUUGACAGAUAUCCAGUUACUUCAUACCGAUACUCUAAUUAAAGAGGUUGAGAAAGUUUUUAGUGCUAAUCAUCCUGACCCAGCAGAGGUUGAGAAAGCGAAGAAAGUCUUGAAAGAGCAUGAACAAGCAUUGAUGGAAGCCAUUGGUAGGCUUCAGGAUGCAUCUGAUGGUGAAAGUGAUGGGGGAGAGCAUCCCUUCUCACAAGGACAGUCCAUGGACCGAGAGCAAGGAUGGAGGAAACGGCAGUAUGAUGAGAUGGGUGGCGAAGGUAGGGGAAUGGAAGGUGUAGAUGGUGAUAAAGGUCGAAUGACAUCGGAAAAGAAGCAAGAGGCUUAGCCUGUGUAAUAUCCAAAAUAUUGGCAAUUGCCAGAUUGUACCAUUGUCCAGUUAGAAUUAUAGGUGAUCUUUAGAGGGGGCAGUAGGUAGUGGGAGGUGUAGAUUUUUGUACUAGAACUCAGUUUGUAUUUUAACCAAGAAAAAGAAGUUUGUUCAAUGUAAAUCUAUGUCAGAUUGGUUAAUUUAUAUAGGAUUGUUUCAGUAACGCA